UUAUAGCGCUGGGGGGCGCCUGUUUCCAAGAUGGCGGCUCGUGGAAGUCGGCUGGCGCUUGCGGGGGUCCGGUUUUAUAACGCGCGGCCGCUGCGGCGGCAGCUUGGCGGGGUAUACCUGCCGGACCCUGCCGACCCUCAAACGCCGGCCUUCCAGUUGACGGCGGCCUACAAGGCCAAGUUGUUCGGGCGUUAUGGCGCGGCCUCUGGCGUCGAUCCGGCCCACCUCUGGCCCACGCCGGAGCGACUCCAAGAGAUGGAAGCUGAGGAAAGGACCUGGCACCCGCCGCUGAGGGAAAUGGAGGCGGCGCUUGAGGAAAAGGAGCAGGCGGCCGAAGCGAAGAAGCGCCAGAGAGAGGAGCUCAUUGCUGCAAAAAUGGCCAAGAUGCCCCAGAUGAUUGCAGACUGGAAGCAGGAGAAGCAGCUGCGCAAGGCCAAGGAGCGUGAAGAAAAAGAACGGAGGGAGCGGCUACUAGCCGAGGCCCGUGAGCGCUUUGGCUACAACCUGGAUCAUCGCAGCACCCAGUUCCAAGAGAUGGUGCAGGAGAUGGAGAAGACUAGACGGAAGGAGCUGAAACUGCAGAAGAAGAAGCAGAGAGAAGAGACCUUGGCCAAAAAAGCAAUGGAAAGAGCAGCAGCAGCAGCUGAUGCUGCUGCCUCAGCCCUAGAAAAAGAGGGUGAGGCGGUUGCGACAGAAGUCUUGCACCCGGUCACAUAGACUGUUGGUCAUCGGUCUCUGAAAUAAGUGCAGCCUCCAAGUUGUGACUCCACAUAGUUCCUAAAGGCCCGGCGCAUUUGUUGCAAUUCUGAUGAUCUUUUAAGACCAGUUCCCAACUCUGCAAAUAGGGAUGUUAUGGUCAUAACAGAAUAUUCUGGGUUGUUUUUGACCAAAUUGGAUACUGAAAAUGGAUUUUGCGUACAAAUGCCUUCCUUGGUCAUGCCUCUGAAUUCUUUACACUUUCUGCUAGUGAAUACUGACGAUGAUGCUUCCAAACUUUGGCUUCUUUCUGUCCCAGUGUCCUCAGCUAGUUCUGUUCCCACUGACUAGCUGGAUGAAGUGCUGCGUGCAGUUAAAUAAACAUAUCUGGAAUUUUAA